AUGCCCCCCCGGAUCGGCGAUGCCCUGGCGGCGCUGGGGGAGACCAGGCCGGGGGCACCCAGGCCCGACAUCCCGGGCAUCGCCCUGCCCGAGAUCGCCUGGGACCUCGCAGGUGACCUCCCCGUACGUAUGGACUCGCCACCCUACAGCCUGGCGGUCCUCCCCUCCUCCCGCCCCCCCCCCGCCGCGCACGGCUUCGGCGCCUGGGACGAGCGCUGCGCCGGCGCGCUGGCGGCCAGCCUCGCCGUGGUGGCGGCCGAGGUCGUGCGCCAGGCGGCGGCCGGCUGCGCCGACCUAGCCGCCCUCCUGGCCGACGCCUGGAACGCCAACACCGCGCUACUCGGCGGCGCCGCAAGGCGCGCGCGUGACCAGGCAGAGGGUGAGGGGCUGCGGGCGCAGGUGGCGGCCGCGCGCGAUGCGCAGGCGGCCGCCGUGGCGGCCAGCGAGGCGCUCCGCGCGGAGCUGGCGGCGCUGACACGCCACGUGGAGGCGCGCCUGCGAGUUCUCUCCUGGCAAUUUGCCGGGCGCAUGGUCGAGCAGCUGGAAAGGACCGCCGUGGCUGCCGCGCUGCAGGACCAUGCAGCCAAGCUGCGCGGCAGGGGUGGCCCGAGUAAUUGA